AUGUCUUUACAAAAUAACAAGGAACAAGGUAUCUAUUUUGAAAGACGCUGUGAUUCUUGCAAGAAAUCUUUACACACAGUAUUUUACCAACCAAUUUCAAGUGCAAAAUUCAAGAUUCAAAUUAAAUGUAACUGUGAAAACUCUGAGUGUAAAAAUUUUACUAAGGAAAAACUUGGAUGUUGUUUAUGUGAUUAUAGUUGUGUCAAAUCUGAAACGUUGUUGAAACAUAUUACAAAAGAACAUUCCAUCAAGUUUCCAAAAGUGUGUUGUGAUAAACAUUACACCACAAUGGAGGAAUAUGUCGAUCAUAUCAAUUUUAAACAUCAAACCAACACAAAGAGCGCGAUAGAACAUCAACCGUUAAAGAGAUUAUGUUUAUCUAAACCAGAAAAACCAGUAAAGCUCAGCUCCUCUACAAAUACAUCUUUACAGCAUGUCAUUACUCCUCAAAAUGAUACAUUGGAGUGUGGAGGUUUUGAAUCAACAUGGACACCAACUGAUAAAAAUACAGAGCUAACAGAUAUUAAGUGGAAAAUCUCACAAAUUCAAAAUGAUACUGAUAUCAAUUUGAAAGAUGUCAAUCCUUAUGAAGAUAUUGAAGAUUUAGUUUUAGAAAAUUUUUCUGUCAACAACCCAUACAAAGUAACUGAUCCUUCAAAUAAGUUUGCUCCAUUCGCUAAUGAAUUAGAAUGGCAUAGUUUCAUGAUGUUGAAAUCCAAACAGUUUACAAAAGAACAAUACAAUUAUACAACUGAAAUACUGAAAUUAUGUGGUCAAGAAUGUCUUUCAUACGAUCAAAUUCAAACCAGAUGUAAAUAUUUCAAAACUCAACAACCAAUAAUUGAUGAAAAUGAUACUGAACAGGACCAAUAUGUAUACUAUGGUGUU